CUACAGGAUGGAGGGAUGCUCAGGUCUCCUGCUAAUGCUGAUGCUAACAGGAGCUUUUGUGGCCAGUGAUCCUUAUUCACCUCCUACAUCUGGAUAUCCUUCACUUCCAAUGUUGAGUAAGGAAAGGAAGAGUCUGAAACAGGUGAUGCUAGUGCAAGGAAUGUCUCUCAGAAUAAUGGCUUUCUGUGCCUAUAAAUACUUGCAAGGAGAUAAAAUCUGGUGCAAAGAAAAACAGCAGAAAGAAUGUGACCUUAAAGGACCUCUAAGCCACUCAGGAUCUGGAUGGAAGUAUCUAACUAAUCAACCAAACCAAAAAAUCAUGCUAGAGCGUCCAACGAACGGCUGCAUUUCUUUACUCAUGACAAAUCUCCAAGUUGAAGAUUCUGGGAUAUAUUGGUUCGGGCUUCUUGAAGGUCUGGAGAUUGUCUCUUCAAACAAAAUCAAAGUGGUGGUUCAUGAAGGGCAUUUUGUACCUAGCAAGAUUUUCUCAUCCCCAGCAUCUACAAUUCCUUCCUUCAAAAGGUCUAGCGAGCCAGGAAGGAGAGUAGAAGAGGUGAUGAAGGUGCAAGGUGAGUCCCUCAGCAUAGAAGGCUUCUGUUCCCAACAAUAUAUGCAAUCAGACAAAGUCUGGUGCAAAGGAGAUCUGCUGAAAGAAUGUAACCUAGACGAUCCUCUAAGCCUCUCAGGACCAGGAUGGAAGUAUCUAAGUACUGAAUCAAACCAAAGAGUCAUACCAAAGGAUUCAAGAAAUGGCUGUAUUAAUUUCUUCAUGUCAGCUCUUCAAGUAGAAGAUUCAGGAAUAUACUGGUUUGGGAUUCUUGAUGGCCUGCAUAUUAUCCCUUUAAGAAAAAUCAAAGUGAUUGUUCAAAAAGAACAGCAAAAGAACGGCAUUGUGACAGCGAUCAGUGAAAAUGAACAAAGAAUUUACCAAAUUGUCUUGGUUCUGAGUUCCAUUAUGGUUGGCAUAACAAUUAUUGCAGCCCUCGUAUUAGUUGUCACGAAGAUCAUCAAGAGGAAAUCAAGAGCAGAUGACCUGAAUUUUGGUGAUAAUCCAAACUGUAGAGUAAUAGCAUUACAGAUACGUGAAAGCAAUGCUGCCAACAAUCCUGUUGGAAAAGAAAUGGAGCCAGUUUAUGCCAUAUUGAAGAAGCCCAAAUCGAUAGAGGAUGUUACAUACAUCAACAUGAAGUUUCCAUUAAGGUCAAAUCUCAUCAAACACCGCAAUGAGCCCACUGAUGCAUUCUCCCCUUCAGGAUCUGUGAAGUAUGCAAAUAUAAGCUUUGAAUCACAAGUUUCAUAUAUCGGGGAAUAAAAACAAACUGGCCUUAUUUAGCCCUACUGUUAGGGAUUCUAGGGUCCCGCUUCUGAAGUGUAAUUGUGAAAUAACAUUUACCAAAAGAUCAAUUCUAAGACAAAUGCAUGUCCCCAAUACUGCUUUAGCUUAGGACUGAUUGUUAUUUUGAAAGCUGACAAGCUAAUCUAAAAGCCUGAAAUUGGUGUGCAGGCCAGUUCAGUAUCAUGUGCCCCUAUGUGAGAGCAGUCAUGACCCUACAAUUAAAUGGGGAAACAUUUGUUUGAACCAGGCUCUGCAUAGAAAGCCAGGCACUCUGACUAGUCUGAACACCACAGGUAUGUAAAGCAAACUGAUGUGCUUUUCCUUUUCUUUUCUUUCUAACACUCCUCAAGUUUAAGUCUUAUUCAUGCUAUGGAUGCUUUAAACUCAUCGCAACAUAAAUGUAACUGAAUUAUAUGCGGCAUGUAUAAAUGAAGUGCUCUUAGUAUAAAAAAAAAGAAUUUGGCGGUUUUUUUCUGAAC